UUUUCUGGCCAGCAAACAAUUGUGACUCGAAAAAAAAAAGAAAUCCAAAAUCCAAAACUUCAUCCUCGAUCUUGCAGAAGAAUACUAUGACAGUUCUAUGACCUCUAUGACUCGAUAUUAGGACAGCAAGCUCACUCUUCUCUCCAACAUCCUCUACGAACGUACCACCAUCGCCCACCAUGGCUUCCUUUCGUCCCCUUGUUCGCUCUCUCCACCAGCAAACCCGCAGUCUCUCCACCAAAGCAUCACCGCGCCAUUUACUCUCCAUAUCCAACCUGACCCCGACAGAACUUGCAACGCUAGUCAACAACGCCACAACACACAAAGCCUCGAAACUGCCGUCGUCAUGGCCCCUGCGAAAUACCCUCGCCAACAAGACUAUUGCCUUGACCUUUUCAAAACGUUCCACCCGCACCCGAGUUUCGACUGAAGGAGCUGUGGUGGCGCUCGGAGGACAUCCCAUGUUUUUGGGUAAAGAUGACAUUCAGUUGGGCGUGAACGAGUCCCUCUACGACACUUCAGUGGUCAUCUCAAGUAUGGUGGCUGGAAUUGUGGCACGAGUUGGUCCUCACUCAGACAUUGCCGGCCUAGCGAAAGACUCAUCUGUGCCCGUCAUCAAUGCAUUAUGUGACACAUACCAUCCCAUGCAGAUCAUUGCAGACUUUGCCACCUUGACGCAGACAUUUUCCACACCGGCAGAAAAGCUCAAGGGUCUGAAAAUCGCAUGGGUGGGCGAUGCGAACAACGUCCUCUACGAUCUCUGCAUUGGCGCCCGAAAACUGGGCGUGGACAUGGCAGUUGCCACGCCUCGAGGAUAUGAGAUCCCAGACAAGAUCAAGGCAGAAAUUGAUCAAGCGGGUCAAGGUCAACUCUUCGAAACCAAUACCCCAGAAGAGGCUGUCAAGGGAGCCAACAUAAUUGUUACAGACACCUGGAUCUCCAUGGGCCAGGAAGAUGAAAAAGCAAAGAGACUCAAGGCGUUUGCUGGAUAUCAGGUUACAGAAGAGAUGGCUCGAAAAGGUGGAGCAGCGUCAGAUUGGAAAUUUAUGCACUGUCUCCCUCGACACCCUGAAGAAGUCAGCGACGAGGUCUUCUAUGGUCCACGGUCUUUGGUCUUUCCCGAGGCCGAAAACAGGCUUUGGUCUGCUAUUUCUACCCUGGAAGCUUUCAUUGUCAACAAAGGAGAAAUUAAAAGGACGCAGUCAUAGAAGGACGCCGGUCAAUACGACAAAAGUUGGGAUUUGUACAGGCAGAGCAAAAUAGGUGGCAAAAGUAAUCAAUGAAUCAUGACCGUGAAAGAUAUAUUGCGAAACCUAUUAUUUGUACAUUGAGUCUCUGGCGCCCGGCUGGUUGAAACUCGAACGUAGAAAUCCA